AUGCCAGACAAGACGGAGACGCUCCAGCAACGCAAAAAGAGAUUCUUUCUCCAGUCCGAUGCGAAAACAGAGCGUCUGAAGGAUGUUGAGGACAGCACCAAGCGGUUCAAGUAUCUUCUGAACCUGACGCAUCUGUUCCGGCACUUUAUCGAUUUGAACGCGUCCAAGGAUAAGAAGCUGAUGAAUCUGAUUCGCCAGAUUGAUUCGCAGAACAGCAGCGGCAAGAAGGCGAAGAAGAGCGGCUCGGGCCGUAGACGGAAGUCAGAGAAGGAGGAAGAUGCGGAGUUGAUCCACGACGAAGAGUUUGAGGAGGAUACAACGGUUCUUACAGAGUCUCCUUCCUACAUCCAAGGUAAGCUCAGAGACUAUCAGAUUCAGGGACUCAACUGGCUCAUUUCAUUGUAUGAGAACCGUUUGUCCGGAAUUCUCGCUGACGAGAUGGGUUUGGGUAAAACGCUGCAGACAAUAUCUUUUCUCGGGUUUUUGCGCUACUACAAGGGAAUCGAUGGACCGUUCAUCGUGGUUGUUCCGAAAUCGACGUUGGACAACUGGAGAAGAGAGUUUGCCAAGUGGACGCCGGACGUGAACGUUCUGGUGCUGCAAGGUAACAAGGAGGAGCGGGCCGAGCUAUUGAAUGAUAGAUUAAUGGAGGCUGAUUUUGAUGUGUGCAUCACCUCGUUCGAAAUGGUGAUCCGCGAGAAAUCGAAGCUCGGAAAGGUCAGAUGGGAGUACAUCAUCAUCGACGAAGCGCACAGAAUCAAAAACGAGGAGAGCGCGUUGUCGCAAAUCAUCCGGUUGUUCUACUCCAAACACAGACUUCUAAUUACAGGAACUCCUCUUCAGAACAAUUUGCAUGAGCUUUGGGCUCUUUUGAAUUUCAUUUUACCAGAUGUUUUUGGCGAUGACGAGGUAUUCAACGAAUGGUUUGAAGGCCAAGGAGAAGAAGACCAGGACCAGGUUGUCAAAAAGUUGCACAAGGUGUUGUCACCUUUCCUUUUGAGAAGAGUCAAAAGCGAUGUCGAGAAAUCGUUGCUUCCAAAAGUUGAAAUUAAUGUUUACGUUGGUAUGACAGAUAUGCAAGUCAAGUGGUAUAGAAAUCUUCUGGAGAAAGACAUCGACGCUGUCAACGGAGCUGUUGGUAAGAGAGAGGGAAAGACCAGAUUACUGAACAUUGUGAUGCAGUUGCGAAAAUGUUGCAACCACCCUUAUUUGUUCGAAGGAGCAGAGCCAGGACCUCCAUUUACAACAGACGAGCACCUUGUGUACAACUGCGGCAAGAUGAUCGUUUUGGACAAACUAUUGAAAAAGCUUCAAAGCGAAGGUUCCAGAGUGCUUAUUUUCUCCCAGAUGAGCAGACUGUUAGACAUUUUGGAAGAUUACUGCUAUUUCAGAGGAUACGAGUAUUGUCGUAUUGACGGAUCCACUGCCCAUGAAGACCGUAUUCAGUCCAUUGAUGACUUCAACAAGCCCAACUCUGACAAAUUCAUUUUCCUGCUUACCACAAGAGCAGGUGGAUUGGGUAUCAAUUUGACCACUGCCGACGCGGUCGUUUUGUAUGACUCCGACUGGAAUCCGCAGGCAGACUUGCAAGCCAUGGAUCGUGCUCACAGAAUUGGACAGAAAAAGCAGGUCAAGGUCUAUAGAUUCGUCACUGAGAACGCUAUUGAGGAGAAAGUUUUAGAAAGAGCUGCACAGAAACUGCGUUUGGACCAACUUGUUAUUCAACAAGGCCGUACGAAUAACAAGGCUACCUCGCAGAGCAUUGGAAACACCAAGGAUGAUUUAUUGGGAAUGAUUCAGCACGGUGCACAGGAUGUCUUCAACAACAAGUCCUCGAACGCCGAGUUGGACACAGACAUUGAGGCCAUUUUGAACAAGGGUAAGGAAAAGACGGAUUCCUUGAAUGUGAAGUACGCCAAGCUGGGUCUGGACGAUUUGCAAAACUUCACGUCGGACUCGUCUGCUUACGAGUGGAACGGACAGAACUUUGCCAAACGGGAGAACUCAACUCUUGAUUUGUGGGUCAACCCGUCCAGAAGACACAGAAAGGAGCAUCAGUACUCCGUGGACAAUUAUUACAAAGACGUGUUACAGAACGGUCGCCCUUCGCCAUAUAAAGGGCCUAAGCAGUACCACAUCCAGGAUUUCCAGUUCUAUCCUCCGCAACUGAAAGGACUGUUGGAGAAGGAGCAAUUAGCAUACAAGAAAAAGAUUGGUUUCCAGGCACCGUUGCUGGACGGACUGGACAGCGAAGAUGAGUUUGUUGCGAGCGACGACGAGACCAAGGCGGAUCGUGGCGAAAGAAUGGAGCGGAGCAAACAGCAGCAACGCGAUGAGCAGGAGAAAAUAGACAACGCCGAAGAACUUACAGAGGAGGAGCAGACUCUCAAAGACGAGCUUUUAACCCAGGGAUUCGACAACUGGAAUAAGCGUGACUUUUUGUCGUUUGUUCACAGCUGUGCAAGACACGGGUCCAAGAGCUACACGGCGAUAGCCACUGAUUUGAGAACAAAGUCUGUUGAAGAUGUUGCCAAGUACAGUGAGGUGUUCUGGCAAAGGUACCGAGAGAUCGAUGGCUGGGAGAAGUAUGUUAACCAGAUUGAGCAGGGAGAGAAGAAGAUCCAGAAGAUUUUGUUACAACAGGAAAUUCUUUGGGAUAAAGUUCGCCAAUACGAAGCUCCAUUGCAGGACCUAAACAUCAUCUAUCCGCCAAACAACUCAAAGAGACUGUAUACAGAGGUUGAAGACCGGUUCUUGUUGCUUAAGGUGAACGAGUACGGACUCAGCAGGAAGAAUCUGUACGACUUGAUCAAGGCAGACAUAAUGAAGGAGGACGAGUUCAGAUGUGCGUUCUACUUCAAGUCCAGAUCGAGCAUUGAGCUGAGCAGAAGAGUGGCUACAUUGCUGCUGGCUUUGACGAGAGAGGUCGAGAACCCGGCUUCGUUGAAACGGAAGCCAAAGAAGCCAAAAGGAGUCGAAAACGAAAGUCGUCAGGAUAGCGCAGAGCCGAUCGACCUUGCAUCGGACGACCGUGAGGUCAAGAGGCCCAAGAAAUGA